ACCUUUGUUGAAAAAAAAAAAAGGAAAAGAUAAACACACCCAAAGGCAAAUCCCAACUCAGCCCUUCACAUUUUAUCUCUGCCUUCUUCUCGUCUUUCACCUUCGAAAGAAGGAAACCUUUGUUUUUAUUUAGAGUCUACAGGGAAGUGGCAGAGAGACAAAAAAGGUUUUUAUGUUUUGAUGGAGUCGAACAGUAACAACAAUAUUGUUGCGCCGUUCGUUGUGAAAACUUAUCAGUUGGUCAAUGAUCCGACCACUGACACUCUGAUCGCUUGGGGUAAAGCUAAUAACAGUUUCAUCGUUAUGGACCCUUUAGAUUUCUCUCAGAGGAUUUUGCCUGCUUACUUCAAGCAUAGCAAUUUUUCUAGCUUCGUUCGCCAGCUUAACACUUACGGUUUCAGGAAAGUGGAUCCGGAUAAGUGGGAAUUCGCAAAUGAAUGUUUUCUCCGAGGGCAAAAGCAUUUGUUGAAGAACAUAGUAAGGAGAAAGCAAAACAAAAAUCCAUACAUGCAAAUGAAAGCUGAGGAUUUAGACGACAAGCAAAUAGUCAUGGAAAUAGCGAGGCUAAAAGAGGAACAAAAGUCGUUGGAAGAAGAGCUACAAGGCAUGAACAAGCGUUUAGAAGCCACGGAGAGACGCCCGCAACAAAUGAUGGCGUUUCUUUACAAAGUUGUUGAAGACACUGAUCUCCUCCCUCGUAUGAUGCUCGAAAAGGAACGAACAAGACAACUUAACGCCGAGAAGAAGCAACGGUUGACGAUUAUGCCAUCCUCGUAUUCAUCUUCUUCAAGCCUGGCGGUUUCGAAUAAUUCAGUGAAAUCUGAAGACGAAGAAGAAGUGAAUCCUGGAGUAAUUUCGCCUCCAGAAACCGGAUUCGAUGUAGACAACAACUUCUGUCGCUCAAAUUAUCAAUCAUCGCCAUCGCCUGAGGACUCCAGAGAGUUGUUGUUGGGUCAUAGACCAAUUACAGGGCAAGUCAUGAACUACGGUUGCGCCACAGUAACAAGCCAAAUGCCGGCGGUUGUGUUGGCACCGUCAGUGAUUAAAAACGGCACGGCCAUGUCUUCGCCGGGAACUAGUAGUUUAGGUGGGUAUGGUGAUAAUAAUGGGCAACUGGGUUACUUUGGAGAAAUGGCGGCGGCAGGGAUGGAGGCGCGUCCACCACCGCCUUAUCCAUUUUCGCUAUUAGGAGGUGGCUUUUAGUUAGUUGCUUCACAUGAUAUAUCUUGGAUUCUAUCUUUCCCUAUUGAUUUUUGUUUUUAGCUUUAGAUUUUUCAUAUUCUGUUUUUGUUUUUAUUUGUUUUCUUUUUUCGGUUUUUGUAUAUAAAUGAUUUAAUUCUAAGGUUAAUAAAGAGCUUAUCUUAUAAUUA